GCGUUGCAGUCGGUUCAGUACUGUUGUCGGUCGCGUGCGGUACACACGUGCGGUAAAUAACGUAAUAAUAAUAAUAAUAUCAAUAGUCGAAUAAAAUGCGUGGCGCUAACAAUCCGAGUUUUGGCUCAUCGUCGUAGUACGGUUGAACGAAUAUAAUAUCAUAUCGUGACCGUGUCGAACGAUUGUGCAAGAAAAAAUCACUGAAAUCACGUCGUACCGCCAAUAUGCGGUGAAAACAUAAUAUGGGUCCUACUGUUUUCGUUGUCUCUAUGCAGAAACCUCAUUACGAUUUGCCCGUACGGUUCAUGUGAUCUCCGGCAAUCACAAUGUUGUUGAUGACUGUGGCGGUAACCGUGCUCGCGGUGCUACAACACGCUGGUGGCCAGCAGCAGCAGCAGGAACUGGAGCAGCGCGGGCCGACGACGAUCGCGGGCGACGAAUGGAAGUGCCCGGAGUUGCGGAACGUGUCGUGCACGUGCGAUCUGCCGCACACGUUGCGGUGCACAGGCGGCAAGUCGACGUUCCAGACGGUGGCCCGGGCGCUAAGGCACCUGUCCGGCACGUCGUCCAUAUCGCUGUUGGACUGCACCGUGCAGAACGUGGCCUCGCUGCCGGCCAGGCUGCUCGACGGCGUCUCGCUGCACGGGCUGGUCGUGUCGUCCGGCGAGAUCAGGUCCGUGUCGGACGGCGCGUUCGACGGGCUCGCCUCGCCGCUCCAGGCGCUCGGACUGCCCAACAACCAGCUCGAACGGGUGCCCAGCUCCGCGCUGGCCACGCUCAAUGGUCUCGAACGGCUGGACCUGUCGCACAACCGUCUGCACACCGUCCACAACAAUUCGUUCAAAGGAUCACCAAACUUAACGUUUUUGGACUUGAGCAACAAUUCCAUUCAUUUCAUCAGCCCGGAUGCGUUUGUCAACUUGCCGUUUUUGAAAGUGCUGCGCCUUCAAAACAACCUUUUGACGUCAGCAUCCACUUCUCAUCUGCAGGGAUUGCGGUCGUUGGUAGAGUUAGAUCUCAGUUCCAACCUGUUGACGGGCCAACUGGGCCCCAGCACGUUACCUAGGUUACCGAACCUGCAGAUCAUAUCGCUGGCGCACAAUCAACUCAACAGUGUCCGGCGAGGAUCGUUUGCCGGCCUCGAGGCCGUCGUGUCCCUAACACUUAACCACAACCAAAUCGAUGUGCUGGAAGACCAUGGCUUCAGAGCGGUGCCUACGUUGUCACACUUGGACUUGGCUAAUAAUCGUAUCGUGGCCGUGUCUAGCGCUUCGCUGGCCCAUCUGACCAAACUUAAAACACUCGAUUUGUCGCACAACUUUUUGAGGAGUUUGACAUCUGAUCUUAUUGUACCGUUAAAGAGUAUCCAAGAACUGAAACUCGACGAUAAUGACAUAUCGAUUGUGGCCGAAGGUGCUCUGAACACCGCCAAUCAUAUAACGAGUCUUUCUUUAUCAGAUAACCCGUUGAAUUGUGACUGCAGUCUUUUGUACUUUGCCACGUGGGUGUCGAAUCACAGCGCGAUCCGCACGGCUAGCGAGACGGCCGUGUGUGCAACGCCACCGUCCCUCGAGAACGGUCUGCUCCAGGAUUUGCCAGUUUCCAAAUUGAUAUGCGGUGGCGAGGAUAACGUGCCACCGCCAGAAGGUCCUCUAGCUUCGUUGCAAUCGUACUCCAAUACCAAGGUGUCAUUGCGCUCCUAUCAGUUCGACGGCAGCCGUAUCAGCCUCGGCUGGUCGAUCGUAGCUCCGGUCGUUUCCUAUUACUGCAACGCUCUGGUCAUCUACGAAGACAUCGGCAACCAUGAGGUGUUGUUGGACUCGAAGCCAGUCAGGUGUAAUUCGUCGCAGUUACCAGACGCCAAGAGCCUAACGCUGUCGCUGUCGGCGAGUGAAUUGCAACCGACACACAGUUACAGGUACUGUGUGGUGCUGAUCGAGGGCUACGCAACCGACAAGUCGGACGAGUCGGCCAUGGUGCUGGGCUGCAGCGACAUCAUCGCGCUGGUGCCGACGACCGCAAACCAAGCGGCACCCAAUGGCCGGGCAGCAACAGCAGCUGCAGCCGCAGCGGCGGCUGCGGCGGCGGCCACAGAGCCACCAGACAUCCGGAACCUGACCACCACACUGAUGUCGGGGUCGUCGCUGUUCGUGGCCGUACACCUGUCGUCCGUGCGGCCGGAUGCGGGCAAGUGCACGAUAACGGUGUCGGUGUACACGAUGGGCAGGCCGGUCGCGCAUCACCGGCUCAACUGCACUGCGCCCUGGACCACGGUGACCGACCUGCCGGCCGAGCGGUCAUACCAAGUGUGCGCCAGCAUCGGGUCCAAGUUCCCCAAGGACGAUGAGGCGACCAUGGUAUGCACUUCCGUGGACGGGGACGUUGGUGGUGGCGGCACCGGUGUCGGCGUCGGCAGCCCGGUCGACUGGUUCUUCGUGCUGGGUGCCAAGAGCUACGCGUUCCUCCUGUCCGCCAUGUUCACAGCGCUGGUAUUUAUGUUCGCGCUGCUCGCGUACCGGACCGCGUGCUCGGCGUGCAAGAAACCCGUCGGUCGCCGCGGCGCCAAUGCCGUCCAAACCACGCACCAGUGCUUCUUGCCCGUUCCGCCGCCCGAGAACGGAACGCAGCGGCCCAGGUACGUGAAGCUGCAAGCAACCACCGUGCUGUAGGCGCAUGCGCGGCAUCGUACGGUCUUAUCGCACCCGUGGACGGCGCGCGAGCUUCUGCCAAAAUUGAACGUUUGAAAAAUAAAAACCUUCGAACUGUGUGUACCAUGGUGGUACAGGUCAUCCGGUUCGUCCCGAGGCGAAUCGGUUAUUACUGAGAGAUCAACAAACGAUUUGAAUCGUAACGGGGAUCGUCUCGGUUUACUUGUCCCGCGGACGGUUUAUAAUAUUAUUGUAAUAAAAUGAUCUGUUCAAUGUGCCAUAUUGAUUGUUAAAAGUUAAACCUUUCGGCGAUAUCAACGCGUUUUCCUGUUGCGCACCGUGCGUUGACGGUUGGAUUAAGCGUUCGACAAACGAAUAGGAACGUGCACGAAUUAUUUCACGUUUAUCGUGUUCGGUCCGAGGUGUUAACAUUAUUAUUAUAAGUAGAAAUUUUGAUGUAAUAAUUUAAAUUAAAAAAAAAAAAAUUGUAAUCGAACGCAUUGUAAAUUUGUUCAUUAUUUAAUUGUUGGCUAGAUUAACCUUUGCAUUAACGUCUCGGACUUGGUUCAAUUACUUCACGAUAUUACAUAAGACUGAUACAUAAUGUAACAUGAUUUAACAAUAUUUUACUAACACGAUAUUGAGAUUUUGAAAUGUAUUUAAAUAGGCGUA